AUGACUCCAAAUGAAUAUAUUUCUCAAAAUAAAAAGAAAUAUAUUGACAUCAUUCCCCUAAAUGAAGAGAAUGACUCUAUACUCUCAGAUUAUGCUGACAUUUCUAUAAAAUGCCGCUCUUAUGAACUUGAUCAGCGUCCAGCACUAGAUGAAAUUUUAAAAAAACUUGAAAAUCUAUCUGAGAAGACAACUAUUGAAUUUAUUACAAAUUGCAUUGAUAUAAAGGACCAGAAAACUGCACAGUUAAUAACAAAUUAUUCCGAGCGAUUAGAUUCCUCCAAUAAUAUAACCGAAUGUAUAGAAAUGAAUGAAG